AUGAAGUCCCCGGCCUGCUUGGCCGUUGUUGCCCUCGCUGCUGGUGUCAUAGCCGCUCCCACCAUGCACUCCAAUGCAUCCAAUACUGCCUGUAUCCCCCAAAACGACCCCAACCCCAAGCAGCGCGCCGCUGGCAUCUCUGCCCGUAACGCCGGCUUCAUCUACGGUCCCUCCCUCAUCGGCGAGGCGGCGCCCUUCCCCAAUGGCACCCUUGGAAACGCCCGCUCGAAAUCCGACUACGAUACCUGGAGUAUCGACCGCAAGGAGAUUGACAGCCUCAUUGCAAACGACACAGAGGCCGUGGGUGCCGCUAUUAAGGCCAACGGUGGUCUCAAGACAUGGCAGGACUACGAGAAGGUCCUCUACGAUGGCCAGCUUAUAAACUCCAACCCCCGCGGCGUCACCCCCGGCAUAAUCACCAAUGCCACCCAGGACCUCCUAUUCUCCAUGGAGCGCCUGAGCGAACAUCCCUAUGCUGUCCGCCGCGUCCUGCCUGAGGAGGAUCUCCCCUUCCCUCUGGACAACGACCUCACGGCCAAGAUUGUCGGUAUGAACGCUACACUCGAGUCCCUGCGCGACUCCAGCAAGCUGUUCAUCGUCGACCACUCGUACCAGAAAGACUACAAGCUUGCCACUGUAGUCCAGCGUUACCCUGUCGCCUGCAGCGCCUACUUCUACAUUGAUUCCAAAUCGGGCGACUUCCUGCCUCUGGCAAUCCGCACAAAUGUCGACGCGGAUCUGACCUACACGCCACUCGACUCGGCUAAUGACUGGCUGCUCGCUAAGAUGAUGUUUAACGCCAACGACAUGUUCCACGCCCAGAUGCUUCACCUUGUCAUCUCUCACGAUGUCACCGAGUCAGUCCACCAGGCCGCCCUCCACACACUCUCCGAGAACCACCCAAUCAUGCUCAUUCUCGAGCGCCUCAUGCUCCAAGGAUACUCGUCCCGCAUCGUCGGUGAGGAGCUCUGCUUCAACCCGGGCGGCCACUGGGACCAACUCAUGGUCUACAGCCAGUUUGGCUGCCGCGAUUUUGUCACCGAUCGUUGGCCAAUUGAUGGUCGCUUCCAGGGCGGAUAUCUCGAGAACGACCUCAAGGCCCGUGGUCUAAUCGACGACAAUGGAGAGUCACUUUUCAAGUCGUUUCCAUUCUACGAAGAUGCUAAGGAGAUACGAGACAUCUACAAGGCCUUCUUCACGAGCUUCGUCGACUCGUACUAUGGAACCGAGAACGAUCUGUCUGGCGACUUUGAGGUCCGCAACUGGUUCGUCGAGGCCAACAUGAAGGCUAAGAGCCAUGACUUUCCCCAGGAGGAACAGCUCACCAAGGAGACCCUGAUCGACGUCCUCUCCCACUUUGCCUUCGCCACCUCCGUUUCUCACCACAGCACCAACGGUGGCGCUCCCAUCUCCUCCGCCACUCUGCCCUUCCACCUCCCGGCCAUCUACACCCAGAUUCCUAAGGAGAAGGGCGUCGAGGACCUCAUGCCCUACCUUCCUGACGCCGCGACCGCCGUGCAUUACCUCGGUUUCAUGGCCUCCUUCAACCGUCCCUUCUACGGCGCAUCCGGCCGCACCCUCGAGGACGCCUUUGCUACUACCGACUCCAUGGCCCUUCUCAACACUGAUGCUAACAGCGCUGCAAAAACCUUCCUUUCCAGCAUGCAAAACCUGAGCCAGAAUAUCCGUGGUCGCCAGUUCAACGACGAUGGUUUAAGUCAGGGCAUGCCCUUCAUUUACCGCACUCUUGACCCCGCUUACAUUCCUUUCUUCUGCGCUGUCUGA